GUGGAGCACUUCCAUCUGGUGGCCCGAACGCAUCGCAUCGCAUCGGCUGUACUCCUGCUGCACCAUCAUGUCGGAGAAUAAAGUGUGGAUGGGCUGUUGGAUGCCGCUGCUGCUCCUGUUGACCACAGCCACCUGCAUUUGUGCAAACCCUGGUAGUUUCGAGGAUUUGGAGGCGAGGGACAGCAGUGUGGUGGUGGACACGUCGUCAUCCUCGUCGGCGGGAAUGCUGAAUGACCCAACGCAGCCCAAGCACAUGAGUUUCCAGAGGCCUCCCAUGGCCUACAAGGACUACAGGGACUACAAGGACUACGACUACAUCCUGGGUCCUCCUCCUCCACGGCGAAUGGCCAAUGGCGAUUCCUAUGCUGCGGCGGACAACGAUCUCAGUGCCACAUCCGCUUUGAAGAUUCACGGCGAAGGCAACUUGGCCUCGCUCAACAGGCCGGUUGUCCAGAAACCACUGCCCUGGUACGGCGACUACUCCGGCAAACUGCUGGCCAAUGCUCCCAUGUAUCCCUCACGGUCCUACGAUCCCUACAUCCGACGAUACGACAGAUUCGAUGAGCAAUACCAUCGCAACUAUCCGCAGUACUUCGAGGACAUGUACAUGCACCGGCAGCGCUUCGAUCCGUACGAUAGCUACAGUCCGCGGAUUCCGCAGUAUCCGGAUCCGUACAUUAUGUAUCCCGAUCGCUACCCGGACUAUCCGAAAAUGCGUCGUGGCUAUAUCGAUGAGCAACCCAUAAUGGAUUCCUACAGCAGCAGCAAGUUCGGCGGCUCUUCGAAGCCAGCCGAUCUGACGACUUUUCCGGCCCGAAACGAGCGGAUCGUCUACUAUGCCCACCUGCCCGAGAUCGUGCGCACUCCAUAUGACAGUGCGCCGCCGGAGGAUCGGAACUCUGCUCCCUACAAGCUGAAUAAAAAGCUAAAACUAAAGUCCAAUCUGCGACCUCUAGCGAAUAAUAAUACCACCACCUAUAAGAUGACCUUGUAGACGAGUAUUGUUUAGCAACUAAGAUAUUUUUUUUUAAUAUUCAUUACUCAAAAGCAUUUGUAUCUGCCACCCCAUGGAGCUAA